CAUCUUUGUUUACUGGGCGGGUAAGCAGCUAAAUGCUCCUCUACUCGCUCUAGUCGACGUCUACGUCUGCGUGCCUUUUUAUUUCGUAGCUGGUUUCUCUGGUAAGCGCUCAGGGCGUGUAGUUUCUCCGUCCGGGUUUACGCUUUGUAUCCUGUUUAGAAGUAUGUCCGCAAGAAGACCAGGUCCUGAAGGGGACACCCCAGACGCGAAGCAAGACUUUGGAAAACAGCCUGCGGGAUCUUUGUCUGCUUCUUCGCCCAUGGACGUUGAUGCUAAGCCCCACUCCCACAGCUUCAGAUACAGCCUCCGUUACCCCAACAUUGGCCAGUGCAUCAUCAUCAACAACAAGAACUUUGACAGUCGCACAGGUAUGAAUCAGCGAAACGGCACUGACGUUGAUGCAGCCAAUGUGUGUAAAGUGUUUACAAAGUUGGGCUAUGCAGUGAAGAUUUACAAUGAUCAAACAACCCAUCAGAUGAUGAAGAUUUUAAAUGCAGCAUCUACAUACGAUCACAGCAACUCCGCCUCGUUCGUCUGCGUUCUGCUGAGCCACGGCGAUGAAGGCAUGAUCUUCGGUACCGAUGGCCCGUUGCAGCUCCAGAGCCUUACUUCAUUAUACCGAGGCGAUCGCUGCAAAACUCUGGUGGGAAAACCUAAACUUUUCUUUAUCCAGGCGUGCAGAGGCACCGAUCUUGAUCCGGGUAUUGAAACCGACAGUGCAGACGAAACCACAAAGAUCCCUGUGGAGGCAGACUUCCUCUACGCCUUCUCCACUGCUCCAGGUUACUACUCCUGGAGGAACACGAUGACUGGCUCUUGGUUCAUCCAGUCGCUGUGUGACAUGAUCAGCAAAUACGGACAGGAACUGGAGCUUCUGCACAUCAUGACACGAGUAAACCACAAGGUGGCAGUAGAGUUUGAGUCUGUGUCCAAUUCACCAGGGUUUAACGCCAGGAAGCAGAUCCCAUGCAUUGUGUCCAUGCUGACCAAAGAGAUGUAUUUCUGCCCUUGAUGUUGAAUUCUCAGCAGAAACCUGAGCUUGGCAGACGUGAUUACAGAUCGAGUUGUGCUUUUCCACAUGAUGUCAGGUGAAUUUCUUGGGGGAAAAUGUGACAUUUCAGGAUACUUUUAAUUUUAAUAGGCUUGGCAUUAUGGAUUUCUCCUUUUGUGUUGAGUAUGUCUGAUAUGAAUAGUGUUCAGUAUUUUAUAUUACAUGUGCCUGUUUUUUUUAUUAUUAUUAUUAUUUUGUUUUUCAGAAUUUAUGUAAUCAUAUUAUUUUUUAAAAAAUCAUUUUCAAGCUUAACCCAAACAACAGGCAUCUAGUUUCACUCUACCUUCUCCUACCUUUAAACAAACCAAUUUCAUAUUUAGUUACUGAGUUUCGGUAAAUUUCUUUCGGCAGUUAAGCGUUCUGAAAAGUCAUGGAGAUGAGCAUAAAAACACUUCAUUUAUGAAUAGUUUUCUCAAUCUUUUAUAUUGCAUCUUGUUUUCACUGAUUGUGGUUCUGAUCUCAGAUCAGGCCUGUCGGCUCUUAUAAGAGAGGAUGGAUUUUGCUCCUUGAUCAGGGAAUCACAAUAUUGGAAAAUAUGAGUUUUAUUAAGCAAUGGGAUACAUUUAGUUAGCAUUGCAGGAUUAUUUGAAUUCAUCCACAGUAAAAGACGGAAUGAAUGGCCUGUAUUAGAUCAUGUCAGCCCGUCUUGGUAGGAUUUAAGUUCAGACUUUGACUAUUCCAAUGCUGAGGUUGCAGACUGAUGGCUGAACUUUCACUUUCGGGACUUUUUAUUUUAUUUAUUUUUUUGUUAUUAUAAAGCAGAAUUCAUCACUCAGUAACAGUUAUCAGGGUUCCGAAGCAGUCCCAGACCAUCACACUGCCACCAACACACAUUGAACACUGUGUGUUCAAUGUUCUUUUCGUGUUUUUUUUUUUUUUUGGGGAUAUUGGAGGAGAGGGUCAUAAUUAUUGAAUCAUGACCUCUGACCUUAGCAGAGGCAGGAAGUUCUUCAGAUGUUCUGGGAUCUUUUUGACCUCCUAGAUGAGCCGUUAGAGCGUUCUCGUAGUAACUAAACUGUAGUUUGAUCUCCGUAUACAGUGAGACUGUCAGAUGGUAGAUAGAGGAAUAGAUGGUGGAAGUAAACCCAACAGAGUGGUUAGCUAGUUAACUUAUGAUUUAACAAGUGGAGUAAUUCUAAACUUUAUUUUGUAUUCAGUAGAAUUACCUUUUCCAGCACAAUCUGCUUUAAAUGAGUCCAAAUACAUUGAAACUCUGAAGGACGAAUGUUUUUUCAUGACACUAGAUUCUCUAUGUGGCCAUCAAGACCAGCGAAACUCCAACUAACCACUUCUGAGUGAUCUGUUCAACUUCACUGUUUACACUCUACACACUUCAGGGAAAUACCUUUUUCAGCCAGUUUGACUGUUUUUGUACUUUUCUAAUCAUGAAACUGUCGAAAUGUAUCUGCGCACAAUCAUAUUCUGAAAAGGCGGCAAGUCUUUUUAAAGCUGUAUUCUCUCUUUCACCAGACAUUAAAUUGCACAACCAUACUGUGAACAACAAUAAUGUAAAAGCGUCGCCAGGCUUUUGGUGGGUAAUGUGUAACACAGCCAAGGGCGGCAUGAGAGCUGUAACAAAGCUCGCAAUUGACUUUAAAACCUUGAAUUUCUGAUUAGUUUUUCUUCUUAUAGUGAAAUUUACAUUGAUGAAAUUGACUGAGCCUGUGCUCUGGUUAAUUUUUUUUUUAAUUGGUUACAGAAGCCGUUCACCAAAUGUUGUGAUAAUAGUUUUCUUGCCUUAAAACCUUUUGUACCAGUUUAUUUAGAUCAGGGGUGUCAAAGUAAAAUGGACGGAGGGCCAAAUUACAAAUUUAGCUACAAGCCGAGGGCCGGACUGAUCGAAUGUUCAUUGAGAUUUUUUUAAAUGACGCAUUUGGUCUAGUGC